UCAGACCAUUGUGACGUUACCUCUGACUUUCGUUCGAAGAAUUGGAAUCUAUACUGAACAUAACAUCACAUGACUAACGUAGUGCGGGGGCGAGGAUUGGAGAUGCAAAAUGGCUGAUGACGAUCCGUGGAAGUUAAAAGAAGACGGCUAUUUGAAUGUGGAAACAGACUCUAAAAGUAUUAUAUAUCACCCACACCUGAAUAUUAUUUUUGUUCUUACUAGAGAUUCAGAAGUUAAAGUGCUCGACGUCAAUUCUGGAGUAAUUUUGCAGAGGAGCUCGCUUUCAGCCAAGCCUGGAGGUAACCUUUGUGGAACGUACUUGCAUGGACAUGACAAAAUCCUGUUCACUGAUGGAAGAGGAUUGGGUGUUAGAAGAGAUUACAAUGGAGUUAUGUUUCUUGACUCCAUCCUCCAAACUCCUCUUAUGAAACCAGAUGACAUAGUUAAAAUUGAGCUACUCUUAUCAGAGGCCAUUUUAUUACAACAAAGCCUUCGGUGUAUAGAGCUACCCGGAGUAGAUCAAACGGCAGAAGUACUGCAGGAAUUGGCAAAGAAAAUAAAGGAGGGUCAAGCAAAACCAAAAAAGGGGACAAAAGCACAAAAGUGGAAUUCAGUAUGCCUGGAACUGCCACAUUGUGCUCUAAAGCUUGUGUGUGCGGGCAUGGUGCAAGAACUGAAGCGCCAGAACAAGCACAUACCUGCGUUGUCAAUUGCUUCAGCAGUGAGCGAACGAUUGAAUUGCUUGCUUGUGCCCCCGGCCUUAGCCGCAGAGAGCCCACCUGUGACGGACCGUGCGCUGAUGUUCAGCGAGGCAGCGCGUCGAGACACCUUUGUGAAAUGGCCUCAUAUGAAUUACAAAUGGGCAUUACCUGACCAGAUGGCACAAGCAGGCUUCUACCAUCAGCCAAAUUCGACUGGUGAUGACCGAGCAAUGUGUUUCACAUGUAAUGUUUGUCUUGUUUGUUGGGAGCCAACGGAUGAGCCCUGGUCAGAACAUGAGCGGCAUUCCCCAUCCUGUCCUUUUGUCAAAGGCGAAUAUACACAAAAUGUGCCAUUGUCGGUAACGUAUGCAACAGCUCCUGCUGUUUCAGUAGCAGACAGCCGGGAUGAAGAAGUUGUUUGCAUCAGCACUUCCUCAGUGCCAGAUUUGGUUGCCACUGCCACAUGCCAUGGCCUUGUAACCAUUUGGAAUACAACCCGUCAACUUAAGAAAGAAGCGGUGUUUUACAUCUCAUUAUCAGAACCUGUAAUUAUGAGAAGCUGUGGUGAAACAAUUAGCUGUACUGACUUAAAAUGUAGAGAGGCCUGGUCAGAAAAACCAAAGGAAGGAGCAAGUAGGAGUGAUGUGGAAAUACCAAUGACAGACAUGACUAUUGACAACAUAUUUUCACUGCCCAUGGUGUGUGAAGAUUUGGAUUUGGAAAUUACAGCACUGUCAAUUGUUGGUGGGCCGCAACAUCAGCAAAGUUGUAACCAUGCCGGUCCCAAGCAACAUUCAAAGGCUACCAACAGCAUGAGCAACCGCCUCCGACCUUCUUUCAUCGCAGGGAUUAGUGUUGGAUCAAGAAGUUCACCCAAUACAAGUGAUGUGUGGGGAAGUGGGGGUUGUUGUUCCUCAUUAGUGCGUGCAAUGAAUGACGUGAAUGAAGCGAGUAACCUGGCAAGCGCAUCUCUGGAUAUAAUGAAAGUGAGGGAUAGUGCUGAGUCACCAGCAGGUCAUACAGUUAGUUCCUGUUCCCAUGGAAGGUGUCCAUUCCUUGUAGUGUAUAAUUUUCACCAUUAUGGUGGUUCUGCUGGAUGUGAGGGAGAUAGUACUGCAGAUGAUGGAAGUGGAAGUAGUGGUGGAGGAGGACAAAAUCAGGGAAUUGCAGGUGGUGGUAGUUCAAAAAAGGCUGUUUCUGGCACUGGAACAAGUACAUCUUCAGGCACUCGCCAGGAUGGCGUUUAUCAAGAGAUAUUUUUGUCAAAAUUUAUGUUUGAUGUACCUGGUGUUGAUGACCUUGUAGCAGAUGUUGUUAUGGACACUCCACCAGACUGCCUGGAAAGUGUUGAGUUUCUCUCUGGUUCAGCGCCAUCAGGUGCGGGUUUAUACGGUCCUCCUGUGAUUCCAUCUGGCUCAUCACAAGGUGCAAGUGGUAGUGGUGGUGGCACUGCGUGUGACAGUUCUAUGUUGAAUGUAACUUUCAGCAAUGUUAAUGGAGGUCUAGAUAUGUCAAAAUAUCCAUCCACAUCUGAAGGUAGUUCAUCACCUGUCAUCAUAAAGGUUAGAAGUAUCUCAAAGAAAGAAAUGCUUGGUGGUAGUGAUGGAAAUUCUGGUAAUGUGAGUGUACCGCCUGUGGCAGAGACUCACCGGGAACCAGUUGCCAUCCAGUGCUUACCCAUACCACAAAGGUUGCGCAAUGCUGGCAACCUCACUAUCACAAGUAUACAUCCGACGUUAGAUGGUGGCCACAUUUUUGUUGUUGUCUGUACAACAGGAGCAGUUGAUGUGAAGGCACCUGCAACUGAUGAAAGUGAUAGUAAAAUGGAUGUUGAUAUUGAGUUGCCAAAAGAACCACCUGAUGGGCCGAGACAUGACCCUUCUUACACAGGCAGAGGUAGCACAACCAGAAGCAGCACUCGUGGCAAGGACAGCGCAUCAGUUGCAGGAGCACUGUUGGUCUACUCACUUGACCUUAGUGGAAGUGCAGGAGAAGCAAUUCGACUGGAUGAAGAACCAGUGGCUGUUCGAUUGUUAAGUGACAUAGGAGAAUGCCCCACCGAAGUUACGUUGCUUCCAUUGGCAGAACGGGAUGAGAGUUCGAGACCAGAAAUUCCCAGCAGUCCAGUCAAGGGUAUGCCUCAGGGAUUGGCAGCACUGAUUUGCAGAGAUGGGAGUGUGAGAAUUGCCAGUCUUGUUAACUUGAGGACAGUUGCAGUUGCUGUGCCUGAGAAGAGUGGUACCAGAUACGUUUCGGCAGCUUACUGCAACAGUCUGGAAAGGCUGUGUGUUUGCACAGAGAAAGGAAGUAUCCAUUUCUUUGUGAUGAGUGAUGAAGGCUUCACAGAGGAAUGUGAAGAUGAUCAAUCAGAAAGUUAUAUGAUGCCUAGUACCUCUGCUACACAGCUGAGGUCAACAUUUAGCAUGCAAGAUGCCGCAGGACCUUCUAGUGCAGCACCAGCUGCUGAUGUUGCAGAACCUGUUCGAGCACCAUCCCCCACUGGACUCGCAUCCUCCAGUUCCGGCAGCAGCCAGUUACUGGCAAAUAAAACAGAACUCAGUAUGUCUGACCUGCAACAGCUCUACGAGCUGACUUUAUUUGAAAACUUAACACCUUGCUAUGCAGCUGCAGUGCCACCCUGUUGGAGUGAGAUAAUGCAGGCACAGAAACAGCGCAGGCAUCCUCAACAUUUGCAGCAGGGUGAUGACCUGCAGCUUACGCGGUCCUGGAGAUUGCAGAAUGAUGCUACCACAUGGGAUGAACAUGUGUUUGAAAUAACACUCCCACGUAGUUGCUGCAUUGGCCAUGUUGAUCUGAAAUUUUCCCUUCAUUCUCCAUGUUCAAAUCCACCAAAUAUACAAGUAACUCUCCUGAAACAGAAUGCAACUGGGAUUGGAAGGAAAGAGAAAACCAUGAUGCCACAAGUAGAUGAAGGAAUAGAUUUCAACAUUGGCAUGCAGUGUGAUGGUGAAGUGAAAGGGAAGACUGAAAAUCCAGUUACAUCAGAGGAGUACAUGAGGGACCACAACUGUGAGGUAUUAUGUGGCCCCGUAAUCUUGUCACAGUGCCUUGACCUAUCAGAACAGGGUGGAACAAUCACACUGACAAGUCCCAAGUUAUUUAGAGUGCGAGGCCGUACUUUUCUAGUGCACAUAAAAGCUGUGGCCACAGAAAAGGAGAUAGUUAAAGAUACAGGCUCUAAAAGCCGAGGGAGUGAAGAAAAAGGGUCAGCUUCAAAAAAGAGUAGGUUGGAUGGAAGUUCAAAAAGCAAAACUUCAGAUUCCUCAGUGGAUUACUAUGUGCAAGUGCCCCGGAACACUGUUGACAGACUUGUUACUGCAGUUUCUAAGAAAAUGGAGUAUUAUUUGGGAUGUGACUGGCUGCAUGAAGUUUCCAUUACAAUUAGGAAAACCAAGCAAACCAACAUUCCUAAUGAACGGAGUCAGCGUUGUGCAAUGCUGGAAUCAAAUCAAUUUGUGGAGCGACUUCUGCAUGUUGUGUUCCUCGAGGGCCCAGAUCGGACGACUACUGCUCAAGGCUUAGCUCUAGAUGUACUGGCAUGGGUAGCAUCUGUGCGACUGUCAAGGUUGCGGAGCGCCCGUGGAAGAAUUGAAAGCCACACCCAGCAACUGGAGUUUGUGUAUAUGGUUGAAAAGUACCUUAGCCGAUUGGUGCAGAGCUGCCUCUUACUUUCUGGGCGCAGCGUUGCACGCAAAUGUGUGAAGUUGAUUAUCAUUUGCAGCGAAGGUAUGAAAAAUGCUUCUGAUGGUGGAAAUGCGAGGUUUGACACAUCAGUAUUACAAGCACUUAUAGACUGGUUACCUGUCAUAAGCUGCUGUCAGACUGCGGGAGCACUCCGCUGGUUCCUGUUGUUACUGACAAGAGUGUUACCCUUUGAUAACACUGGAGCCGCUGCCCAACAAUGCGUCACUCUGCUCCAGCAAGUGGCACAGGAGAUGAACACCCGCACAAAUCCUUUCCAUCUCUUGCUUCGUACCAGGUUUGGGCUCUAUAGCACACCAUUUGAACCAGAAUUGUUUGACACAGAACCACCACCACCUGCUAAAUUUUCGUCAGUACCAAUCACUUAUGCUACAGUUGUGAGUGGUGAAAUGGGCAAUGCUGUAGGUGGCAAUGGUGGUGGCGGUGGAGGUGCAGGAAAUGGAGGUGGAGGAGGUGGUGGUGGUGGUACUUCGUCUGCCAGCACUCCAGCAGCCUCAGCAGCUGCAUUCUCAGCAGAUGUUCUGGAUUUGCGAGAGCUGCUUACGACGUCAGUUGGAGGUCAAGGGCCAGAUUCGAAGUUUACACAAUUACGGCUGAAGGGAUUAUCAUCAAAUCACUAUUUGAAAGGUCUGCUUGAAGUGGAACCUCUGCAUUUCACAUGCCAUGCAGCAAGUGAUGGUACAAAAAUGGAAAAAAUAGAUCAAGGUUCAUCUGGAUUUACAAUGCCAAUUCCCGCUGGAAAUAUGGGGAAUUUUGAUGUUACUAACUUUAUUGUAUCAAACAGUGGCACUAAAAAGGCAGACAAUGAAUUUAUAUCAUUCUAUGAAGAUAUGAAGAAAGAUGAUACCUUUUACCAAGCAAUCCCUACAGAAAUGAAACUUACUGAUACUCAACAUAAACUGGGACUUAUGUUUUAUGCAUUGGAUAAGGAACUGGCAAAAGUCAAGGCAAAGGCAAAGUCAUUUAGUAUCAUGGGCAGUGUAGGGCCAAGCACUUCAAGCUUGAAUGAUGGGUCUAGCUCCUCCUCGCUGCAGUCAUCAGAAUUUUCUGGUCCAAUACUCUUACAUGGGAUGAGAAAGGAGAAUGUGACAGAAAAUAAGCAGGAUGUUAACAAGGGUGAAGAUUUGUCUGCAGCAACACUUCCCUGGCAGCAACUACUCACAGCACCACCACAGCAGACAUUGCUGAUAGAACGGAUGCACUCUGGUGCAAGACGGUUUGUUGUUUUGGAUUUUGGUUGCCCAGUCCUCCUCACAGACCUUAUGGUUCCUGCGUGUUCAGAUCUGGUCUCACUGUCUGUUGAUAUAUGGUGCCGUGGUGAAGAAUCUGAUGGACAGCGGCUUGUGGUGGCAUCUGAUAUAGGCAGCAAGGCACUUGUCAUGAGCGACCUUCAGCCACCUCCUAUAUGCCGCUUUCUCAAGAUUACAACCAUAGGAAGGUAUGGUAUGAGCACAACGAGGUGCAAAAUUCCCAUUGGAUCUUUCUACGGUCACAUUAUAAUUUUACCCGGAGAAAAUUAUGCAAACAACAAUGACCUUAGAGAGGUUUCAUCAGAUAAUAUACAGGCCCAUCUGCGUGUGUUGUCAGCACUCUUUGAAGAUAUACAUUGCAGAUACAGUUUGGCAUGUGCUAAGUUACAAGAGUUUUUGACACCAUUGCUGACAUCAGAAAUACCUAAUGUUGUACAUAUGUAUCAUUACCUACAGAGGGGCAGGGAAUUUGAAAAACUGUUUCCAACUCAGGAAGGACAGAAAAUAAUGACAUCAUUUCAUGAAUGUGUGACAUUUCAGCAUCAGCUAAAUUUAGUGUGCAGUGUGAUAAGACGACUUGAAACAGCACAAGGAAAACUGGCUGUCCUUCCACAGAUUCGAGACACUCAGAAAUUACUGGCAAUUUGCUGCACAGACAAAUUGAGAGUCCUGGGAGAAGGUCUUCUUGAUGUUCUUUUGUAUCUAGUCUAUGAAAUAGGCCCUGUUCCAAGGGUUCCGGUCUCCUUGUACAAUAUAUUUGAUCAGAGUGUAUGUGAAAGACUCUUCCAUUGGCUCUGUGUACGAGAAGACACUCACAUCCAACUUUCAGCUUGCACACUCUUGGCACGAAUGUGUGGCAUGCAACCAUGGUGGGGAGAUUUUCUUGCCUCAACUCUGAGUCGUCUGUAUAGUUCACAGAACACAGCUGUUUUCCCACAGGAUAGGGUCUUCAUUCUGUUGACUUACCUUGGUCGUAAGUCACUUGCUGGAGGAGCAUCACGAUCGUCAGUCUUAGAUAGCGUUCUGUCAAUGCUGACACGCCUUCUGUCACCUCUUGCCACUCCUCAGCAUUCUGCCUCAGGAUUUCUACGAGCUGAGAUGGAUCUCUCUCAGAUUGGAUGGGUGCUGCUGUUUCUGUCUGUCUGUCUAGAUGCCAGCUGUAGUACAGGGGCAGUAUGUAGUUCCAAUGGUGAUGAAACCACAGAGAAGGCUAAGGAAAAGGAAGCAGCAGCUACUCCAUCACGGUGGGAUUUCAUACAAGGAGAAAUGGCGAUGCAGCGGAAGAUGGCAAGCUCAGCCCGUAGCAAUGCUUCCAGAAGCUACAGAAGAAAGUUACAGAAACGCCUGAUGCACCAUAAACAACAUUUAGAGGAUAUAGAACUUUCUAAUAAAACUUACCAUGCCUCGAAACAGGCUCUUUCUGCACUGUCUAGCCAGGCAGCUAAUCUCUCCAGCAAGUUAGAGGCUGCUUUGAAACAGCAGGAACAAUUUUUUAAAAAAACUUUGAAGCAACACUCUGCCAAGCAUAUCAAGGACAUACUACAGAUACGUCGAACGGAUGGUUCACUGCUGUCAAAGCAGUUUAACAGUCGUGGAUCACAAACGAGGAGCGGAGGUAGUGGAGGUGGUAGCAGUCGAGUAGGGUCUGAGCGAGAGGAGUCUGAGACGACAACACUUACUUCAGACCCUCGUGAUCCAGUCCUGUUAUUGCCACAGGAACGAUGUCUACCAGUUGCUCGGGGUCUUGUGUCACUCGUGCUUAGCAUGGACUUCACUUGUAAUAUUGAUAUGUUCCUUCUUGCUUGCAAGGUAAUAGCUCGGAUUGUGGCUGUUGCACGACCUGCAAUAUCAUUAUCAGAAUUAGUGACUCAAGAACAGUUAUUACAUCUUAUCCAUCUUGCUGUGUGGAAUGACCAGCACAAAGCCUCAUGGGGUGGUCCAUGGGCAUCCCAUGCCAUUAGCUGCUUGCUUCAGGACAUACUUGAGGGAACGCGUUUAUUUCGUGAAACUGAUCCUGAGCUGGUAAUAUCUGAUCACGAAGCUACUCCUCCUCCAUCUCAUCCAGAAGCUGCUAGCAGCAGCACGUCUCAGCAGGAGGAUGCGUUUGCUGCAGAUGACAGCUCUGAAAGCGGAAAUGCUGGGCCCUCAACUUCCAAGGGUACUGGAAACUGUUUCCAACUUCCCUCGCUUCUGGAAUCGGAUGACAGUGAAUUGGAUGAGUUCCUCGAUGACAUUUUGGAGCGUGGAAGGAGUCUCGCAAAACGCACUAGUACUGCUGUUGCAAAUCGUGCAGCUUCAGCAACUGGUAUUACUGGGACAGUGGCUUCUUCGUCAUUGUCUGUUGCUAUGGAUGCUCGACUGGAACUCGGUGUGGGAACUUGUGCAGAAGUUGCCCUGCGUAGGCUGGCUGCUCAGGGUGCCCACAACUUGGCACUCAGUGUCACUGCUCCAGUUAUUGCUCCUCCAGAAUCGGCUCGCCAGCCGUACAACUCUGCCACUGCGAGUAAUCUGUAUGUGCACGGGCUGUUACCGUGGCAGCAGGCCGCGACUCCUGACGAAGAUCACGGGCUUCCUGGCAGCUUAGCAAUGCUUUCCCGUUGUUUCGACACUGUCUUUUCGGAGCUCCAUACACAGAAAUCUUGGAUGAACAUAGAACUGGUGCUACAGCUGUGGCUGAUGUUGAACAGUGAUAGUGCUUUUGAGCCUGUGGGUGGAGCACCUGGCUUGUUUGACCCAGGUGCUGUUCCUGCUGUACGUGUGACAACUCGAGCUGUAUCAGGACUGAUUUCGGCACUAGCCCAGCAACCCGGGGUAUCGCUCCGUGUUUGGUGCCUUGCGUUCCAAUGUCUUAUACUGAUGGCGAAUCAGCCUCAAAUUCAGACUCCGAGUGGUGAAGCUUGGUCAAUGGGACUCGAUGAUGUCGAAGUAUCUCUUCAUGCUACAUCUGGUGUGAUUGUUGAAGAUCCACAGUUUCUUCCGAUGUUACUGCGUUUCCUCUCUGGUUCGAGUCUCAGUUACGUCUCAUCGGACAAAGGCACUCAGGCAGGCCCCUCGGUGUGUGGAGCAAUGAGAGAGCUGCUUGUUCGGCUGCAGAGCCGUUGUGAUGUUAUCAGCCCUGGCAGCCGAUUGGGUAAUUCUUUGAAGGAACUGCUGUUGCAGCUGAUUUACAAGCUAGUUCAAACCACAGGUGCACUCACCAAUCGCCAGGGACCUCUUGAUGCACAGUGUGAAUUAGUAGACUUGAUAUUAAAUCUGAACUUCACUGCAGUAAAUCUGUCAACAGCGAUAAGCAUUGUCGAAUGUGUUGCAAAUUUGGCAUACAAUUACAUUUUGAGCUCGGAGAAGGUGCGUUGCAGAAGUAUAUCGGAACCUUCCAUCGGCACAAAUGAUGCUUCUUCAUGUUUUGGAGGCCUUUUUGCAUCAGUACUGGGAAGUGAAUCAAAACAAAGUAGACCAGCUACUUGGGAUGCUUUAUUGUGUAAUCUUCUGAAGUUAUGCUGUCACAUAGUGCAGACACCAUUAUCCAACAAUAAUGAGGUACCCAGGCAUUCUGAAGAAAGUAUGGAUACAGGUGACAACCAAUUGCCUGCGAGUGAAACAGAACAGAGGGGGACAGAGACUCAACAGUCUUUUACGCAGCAGCAGAGUUCGCAACCAGAGCAAGAGCCAAAGGUUCCUUGUGCUGCAGACACAGUGCUGGAGCAACAAACAACAGUAAUGCGACUGCUGAGUUCUUUAGCGGGCUGUUCUGGAUCGACUCUGGCAAUGCUCCUGGGUUCAGCAGGUGCAUCUCCUGCCAUGAAUGCCUCAGCAGGAGAACAAAUUUCUGCAACUGCUUUUGGUGACCUAGAGCCUUUGUCUGUUGGGGAUGCAGUCUUCCAGUUACUGCUCAUGCUUGCUCGAAAGGCGACAAAGCCGACGCUAAUGUUGCAGACACUCUACGAUUUCCUAUCCUCGUGCAAUAGUAAGCCAAGUGUUGGGACUAUUGGUGUUAUGCAGCUCUCAGAACCCCUCCUGUGGUUCAUUCUUCACGUGCUCGAUUCAGAAGAAGCACUUAAUGAAUUCAAUAAUAUGGGAGGAAUUAAGGUAAUAUGUGAAAAUUUGGUCAAAAGCAACCAGGCUUUAAUAAACUCUCAUCCAAGUAUGGUAUCAGUGGUUAUGCAACAUUUCAGUCAUAUUCCAUCAGCAAGUACAAGCACUGGCAAAAAACUGUCAAACCCUAUUGAAACCUAUGAAGGCUUACUCAACUUCGCACCUUUAGGUAACAUCAGUGCUAGUAAUCUAACGGCACAGCCAGCUGAUGUGCUGAUCCAGUCGGCACCACCUCACCGACGUGCUCGGACACCUGCGUGGUCGUAUCACUUUUACCCUGAAGAAAGCUGGGUGGAGCUUACUCUCACAUUACCGUGUGCUGUUCUGUUAAAGGAGGUACAGCUGCAGCCCCAUUUAACAUCACUUGCUACGUGCCCUUCAGCAGUAGCAGUGGAAGUAUGCCGCGACUGCAGUGUUGGUCUAGUGCCUGUGUGUCCCCCAGUUCCCACCAGCGGGCUCACAUUUAUACGACUUCAUCUGCCACAGCCAGAAAUUGUCACCAGUGUGCUGCUUCGACUUUAUAAACCUCACGAUUCUUCAAACAUCGGACUCUCACAAAUUCGCUUGCUUGGCUCAACUACUUUUGGGGAAACUGCUUUCCGUACAGUGAACAUGGAUGUGCCUGAUGAGGAACAACUCACAAAAUCAAGUUUAGGCUGGCUGCGGCUCUUGCACCACUGCCUGUGUCUGCCGAUGAUAGGCUCACCCUUGGCACGCGGAGUGGUUGCGUCUGCUGCAGAAGUGGAGGGGCUGCCUGAAGCUUGUUGUGGCUUGCUCCUGGUGCCGGCACCUGCACCUUCGCUCUUCACACCCAGCCUGGAGAGGGUUCUGAUCCGGUUAGGUCUUCACUCUCGUGACCUAGGCCUGAAGCAGAUCAACACCCUGCUCCGGAAUGGGGCAGCAGCUUUUUUGCAAGGGUCUCUUUCCAUAAGUCACUCCUCCACAUUAAGUUCAACAGUUGUUGACUCUGUCGUGGAAUUGUUGUAUCAGAUGUGCACAAUACAAGACAGUGCAACAAAGGACAGAGUGAAGGCUUUGCUUUUGUGGUUGCAAGAAACUGCAUCAGCUGCUAUACAGGCUCAAGAGCAAUCAUUUUCCAGUACAGAAAUUUGGUCACCAUCAUCAGCCUAUGUACAUAGUGCUGCUGCUAUCUUGUGGGCUGCUCAUGAAAGAAGAGUAAAUUAUGAUCUGUACUCAAUGGUGACCCCAGAAUUGUUUCAGAUAGUGUAUAAGUGGACACUGAGUCUGCCAUCUCAUUCUGCACUGAAGAAAGCUAUUGAUACUCUGUUAUGUGCAAUGUGUUACAUCAGGCAUAGUUUAUUUCCAAUGUUGUUGCAGAGAACUGGAACAUUAUUGUCUGACCUAGGAAUUCGUCAGUUGGCUACAGAACUGAAUAACAGAAAGGAGUCCUACUUCAGUAAACCAAGUGUCAGUGACUCAAACCUGGAGUCAGCAGAUGAUAAACAAAAUGGAGAAUGGUACAGUCAUAUCAUGGCACAUGAGAUGGACAAAAUGCAGCGUAGUGAAAGUCAGCUGAUGACUCUUGCCAUGGCAUGUCAGUCACCACCAUCUAUUCAGCAGUUGCUGGAUUCAGGGCUGCUUGCUGUAUUAACACGUAUCAUUCUUGAUUUCUGUCAUCAAGAGGAACAGCAGCUAAGUGACAAUGCAGACAAAGGGACUCAGUCAUCCUCAAGAAAGGCCGGGUUUCGUGAUCCUAGUUCAUUGGUCUCAGAUAUGGAUGAUGGGACUUCCUGCUGCAACAAUGCAACCACUUUUCCUCAAGAUGGACUUCACAUGCUGCAGGUAGACACUAUAACUGUGAUAUUAAAAUUUUUUGCUGAAGUAUGCUCUGAAGGCAAAAUGCGUGACUGGUUGGGCUCAUCAGAAGGUUCUGUUUUCUGGCUGCCCUUGCUUCACUUACUUUGCACAAAAAGUUGCGGUGUGGAUUCUACUAGCUCGAGGAUACCUAAAAGAUGUGAACUGCGAAGUGAAUCAUAUGCUGCAUUGGAAUCUGCAACAAUAAAGUUCUUGUCCCAAUGUUGCUGGUGCCACCCAUCAAACCAAAGGCUUCUGUCCAAAGUACUGUGUGAUGUUAUCAAUGAACAGAAGACAACUCAAGAUGUAUCAUUCUUGCAUGGCAUCUCUGGUUUCACACGCCGCUUAAUCCUACAGUUGCUAUUGGAGAAUGAGAAGAUACUUUUAUUUAUCAAAUCGGAUUACUCUGUGCAGCGUGUGCGUCUGUCAACUAGUGCACCAUAUCACCCACGAUAUGGUGUUGGUCAUCAGCAGCAGCUGUUUUAUUUCAGUACACAGACAACAUGUGGGGAAAUACUCAAGAGUAUAUUAGUUGCAGGGAGCCUGUUACCCGUUGUAAAUGAAGGAAAAUCACCAGAGAGUGGGGGAACUGCAACACCAGUUUCAGGAGGUCUUAUUGGUUCGAAGAAAGAGCUUUGGGAAUUAGGUAUCUAUAUGGUUGAUCAACUGUCUGUACAAGCUGGUGUCUCUGCCAAGGACAAAAGAACAAAAGACGCAAGGAACACUGUUGCUGCUGCAACACGCAGCAUAUCUGGCAAGAAAUCGAGAUCAUCAAGUUUAGCAGAUUCAUCACAGGUAUCCUCCCAGACAACCUCCGUGUCCCCUGUACAGCCACAAAAGUUCCUGGAGCACGAGGCAUGCCCGGGAGUCCCACUGCCAUCGCAGCUGCAGGUUUCUCAGUUGCUCACACUUGUGCUUGAGAAUGGCGACUCACUUAGCACACCAUGCCUUAAACUCAAACUUCAUCACUUUCCAAAGACUACAGAGAAAAAUGCAAAAGGUAAUACAGUGGAAGCCGAGACAGAACGUCUGUUGCAACUGCCUGGGCUGGCUACUCCAUUGCAGGUGUUUACUGAGAUGGGGGGACUUGCACUACUAGCACAGCACCUUCCACUUGUCUAUCCAGACACUUUGCGGUAUGCUGCCCCUGACAAAGUUCCAGCUUCAACGCCAGACCAAAUAGAUGCUGAGUGGGUCAAAGUGGAUGACAUCUAUGAGGACCUUGAUGAGAGCAUGCCCGGUGGCAGUUCAUCACCAGGAGGAGCCGGAGGGCGAACAACUGCUUUGCCACCACCAUCUGUACCCCCGCAUUCACUCGCAGCCUUCGGUCUCUUCCUGCGGCUACCGGGAUAUGCUGAGGUCUUACUAAAAGAUAAGAAGAAAGCACAGUGUUUGCUACGACUUGCUCUUGGUGUUACCGAUGAUGGAGAAGGAGGUGACAUCUUUAGUUCCCCAGUAGCGAACCACUUGCAUACGUUACCUUUCCAAGUGCUGCGGCAGCUUUUUGAUUCCACUCCACUUACAACAACUGGUGGUGCUCUGUUAAGGCGAACAACAAUAGAAAUAGGUGCAAUCCAUCUUCUACUUGGAUGUCUUGCCAUCUUCACUCAUCAGUCACAGGAUAUCACGCUUCCAGGAGUGCAGCACGAGUUGGUGUUAGCAGCAACAAAAGCUUCAGCAACUGGUGGUGAAACCCAUGUUCGUGGAGGGAAGUCUGAUGACAAAUCUCACUUGUAUUGGGCAAAGGGAACAGGAUUUGGAACAGGGAGCACUGCACAGUCAUGGAAUGUUGAACAAGCUCUCCUGCGCCAGCGGAGCGAAGAGGAACAUGUCACUGUGUUACUGCAGGUCUUCUCAAGUUAUAUCAAUCCUGGUGGUCAAGCUCCAACAUCCUUAUCCAGUAAAGAUGACGACGAUGAUGAUGAUGAUGAUGAUGACGAUGAUGAUGAUGAAGAUGAAGAUGAGGACCAAGGUGAUGGCAGAAUUGGGGGUACAAAGGAACAGCCACAACUACCUCGGGUGUUCUACGACCUCCUCAAGCAGUCUUGUCUCUUGCCAGCAGUCUCUGCGUAUCUGAGGAAUGAUUCAGUGUUGGACAUGGCGCGACAUAUUCCGUUGUACCGUGCAGUGCUACAGCUUCUGCGUGCCAUGGCCCUGAGCCCUCAGCUGGUGACACUGCUACUGCCGCAUGAUGGCGGACAGCAUGAUGACCUCUCUGUCGUCUGCCUCCUUACCAAGAUGCGUACUUGUGUUGACACAUAUGCCUCUCGUCUGAAGCUCAAUAAAUCAAAAGGUAAUGGAAAAUCUCGAAGUAACGCAAAACUGCAGGAAGAAGUUGAACAGGAUGAAGGUCUUGCACUUUUAAUUCCAGACAUUCAAGAAACUGCCAAUAUUGUACAGGCUGCAACAGACAGACUGACAAUGGAAGAUGGCCAAGAGAGUUCUGUUGUAAGAGAAGGGCCUCAUUUAAGUAAUAUAGACCUUCCUUUAAGGUCCCAUGAGGAGAGGUACCUUGAAGUAAUGAGGAGACUGCAAUUUGAUACAUAUGAAAUGAUAACAGAAAGUAGCGAAGGAGGAUAUCAGUUUGUAGUCUCAUACCAUUUUGAAUCGAAUGUGAGGUCUGCUGGAGAAAGAAGUCACCCAGCUCGCAUGAAGCGACUGGCACAAGAGACAGUGACACUGUCUACAUCACUCCCACUUUCGUACAGCAGUUCUGUGUUUGUUCGUUGCGACACCGACAGGCUUGAUAUAAUGAAGGUCCUGAUAACAGGCCCUGCAGAGACACCGUAUGCUAAUGGCUGCUUUGAAUUCGAUGUCUACUUUCCUCCUGAUUAUCCAAACUCACCAAUGUUAAUUAAUCUGGAAACCACUGGUCAUCACACAAUAAGGUUUAAUCCAAAUCUAUACAAUGAUGGCAAAGUGUGUCUGAGUGUUCUUAAUACUUGGCAUGGGCGCCCUGAAGAAAAGUGGAAUGCGCAGACAUCAAGUUUCCUACAGGUGUUAGUGUCCAUACAGUCACUAAUUCUUGUUCCGGAGCCCUACUUCAAUGAGCCUGGCUAUGAGCGAUCAAGAGGUACACCAUCGGGUAACCACAGCUCAAGGGAGUACAAUUCGAACAUAUGCCAAGCAACUGUGAAAUGGGCCAUGCUAGAACAAAUUCGAAAUCCGUGUCCCUGCUUCAAAGAGGUCAUACACACGCACUUUUGGAUGAAGAGGCAUGAAAUUGUGAAACAAAUUGAGAACUGGAUUGCUGAUAUGGAUUCUCAGUGUGGAGACAGGCGGACAGGGAGAGCCAUUUCACUUAACUCCAUGGCUUUAAAGCGACAUUUUCGACAGCUGAAGGAAGAAUUAAAUAAAUUAAAAACUCCAGAGGGACUGGAAGAUUUAGCAGAUUCUUGCCUGGAACUUUCACCACCUUCUACCUCCAGUGCACAGAGUGUGUCAGAAUCAAAAGAUGCCUCUCCUGUAGUCAGCACUCCUAGUCAAGGUUUUCUUCCAUUUGGAGCCACGAGUAGCACAGAUGACACACACAAGAAAUCAACCGAAGAAAAUGUACCCGCGGAGGUCUACAAGGACAUGGAAAUGGAGAAGAUGGUUUCACAGUUUUGUGAAUGAGAGGGCAUUUUGGAAUAAAAUUGUAAGCAAAUCCCAGUCAACAAUCGUGGAGAAAAUUCAAAUAAAUGUGACAGCCUGUCUUCUCAGUUGAUUUAUUUAAAACUGAUCUUGAGUAAAAUUUUUGCAUUUCAGUAUUACAGCUUAGUAGAACAGUUUAUGAGGCUACGUUUGUAUACUUACUCGAAUGCAAAAUAUGCCAGUGGAAGAAUCUUGCUUGAUUCAUUUGUUGCCAUGUGACUAAUUAACUUGGAAAGGUUUCUCUUUCCCAAUUGAAAAUCUUUCAUUUAGGCUGUGGGUCGUGUGUGCACGUAUAUAUGGAAUAAAUGUGAUACUGUGUUAUCUGAAUUAGCUUAUUACCCAGUGUGAGAUUUUGUGUUGUGAGGUUGUGUGGACACUUUUUAAGUGCUUUAUGAUUGAUGGAAGACAUUCUUUUGUGAUCCAGUUGAUAAAUGUCAAGUGUACAAAAAACCUUUAAGUGUUACAGUUCCAAAGAAAUUACCUUCUUAAGUUGUGAGCAGUUAGUUAAUUAAGCUCUUGUGGAGAAGAUGAUAUAGGGCAUAAAAUUGGGACUAUUUUAAAUUUUGAUUGAAACUUAAAUAUGCUUUCUGUGAUUAUUUCAUACACUUGAUGUUGUAAAAGCAUGGUUCUGGUUCACAUUUUGUGGAUGAAUGAAUGUUUAAUACAUAUCGAGUAACUUGGACUAUUCAAGAUAAACCUUGUUCUCAGAGUGAAGUCAUUCUGAUCUCCAUACUGUUGCAUUUAAGUAAAUUCACUAUAUUGUCAUUUUGUUUGCUUCACUAUGAUGAUGAUGAUAACAGUGAUGAACUUGCUUGUUAAAUUUACUGUUUUCUUUCUUUUUUUUUUUCCUACUCGUCAUUUCAUAAUUUAAAAAAAAAUAAAAUUCUACUGAAAAGGCUUCCUCUUCGAUUUUAGUUGCUGAAUAUGUCAUUUUCCAUGUGUUACCAGACUAAUUGGAAAUGAUGAUACUGUGUAUUUGACCUAUAUAUAUUUGGAGAGGCUGUUACAGAGUGCAACUCCAUUUUGAUACACAGUCUGUGUGUGCUACUGUGUGAUACUACUUACAAUUGAUUGAUUAGGUGUUUAACUGACAGGGAAGGCUUCAUCUGUUGGUAGAAUCUGUGUUUUUGCAUCAUGACAAAACUGUUAAUAGACUGUGAAUAUUGUGUAAAGUUCAUUGUUAAUAUAAGAGUUGAAUGAUUGUUACACGAACUGUUUAUGAAAUGCUUGCAGUCAAAAUGUGAAUAUCGGAUGCAUUGAGAGAAACUGUGAAUUCAUUUGAUGUAAACAAAAUAAAUAUUUUAAUUGUUUGUA